ACUUCUGGGUUCAGGCAGAACGUGCUUCAGCUGCAGCUUCUCCCUCCCUUCCUUUCCCAGAAAGCACAACAAACUGAACACGUGUGGUGUGUUACAGAACUCAAGGUGUGCUGGACUCCUGUGGAUUCACAUUUAUGAUCCAUCUUUCCCAGACGGAGUUGUCUGGUCAGUCCAUCAGUCAUUCUCUCCCUUCCUCCUCUGUAGCCUCCCAGUGACCUUAUCUGGUGUGUGUGUAUAUAAUCUUUGGAUUUGUACCGGUCAAUUGGUUUGAAGACAUGUGCAGAGGCCUUGAUUUUUAUAUACUUUGGGAGCCUAUAAAAUGGAUUUGUGGAAUGACAAUCAAAUCUCCCAACUCCUGCUUUCUCCUUCUGCCAACUGCAGUGCUGAGAACCAGAUUUGCUGAAGAGUCUGUGUUUUCUCUGUAUCUUAAAGGGUUUUUUUUUAAGACUCCUUCCUUUUGAAAUGUUUGUCCUGUGCAGUGGCAAAAGGAUUAUUUUUGUAACUAGAACGGCUGGAAAUUUACAUAAGGAGAGGAGAAAAGCUCAACAACCUCACAUUCUGUGCUGAGAAUACCUGCUGUGUCCCUGUUAUAAACUCAGCUGUGAGAAGUUAUAAACAUCCCAUAUGUGGGAUGAGUUUCUUCUCCUUUACCCCUUCUUCUCCCUCUCUACAGUUCAAUAUGGUUUAGGUUGUUAUUUUCCCUUUUCAAAUCAAUCUGUUGCAGAUAAAAAAGAAGGAGAAAUAGGGAAGGAGAAAGAAAAGCUUGCUAGAAAUAAUUUCUUUGGGAGUUACAUAACCUGCCUCUCCAUGUAUUUAGGAACAUAUCUCUGCCUUUCAGCUACACCAGACAUAACCCACCAUCUUCCUCUAAAGUAGCAGUCAGGGAGAUUUCGCAGUAAGAUGUUGGAUUGUGGAAUGGAGCAGCUGAGGCAGGGAUAUGUCUCCUUCUGUUCCCCCCUUCCUUGAGCAGUGACUUCAGACAGAGAGGACAGAUGUGUGUCUGGGAAUGGCACCAUCCCCAACCACUGCAGCAAAGCCUCCAGAUGGCCAACUGCUAAGGUAUUCUGUUAGUGCUUCCCGUGGAGACCUGGCAAUCUUUGGAAUACCUGCAGCAGUGUCAGGUUAAAGACAUUCUGAGUGUGCCUUACAAAGCCACAGCUGUGGUUCAAGCAGUUGUGAUGGCAUUUCAACAAAUACCCUCAGUAAUGUUAUUUUUUUUUUAAGUCAGUGGCAGAUUUCUCUCGGGGAUUUCAGCGAGAUUUCUCCACCAACCUUUGAUCACUUUAAUUUCACUGUUGUACUCCUGUCCAGCCAAACUAAUUAAGGCAAAACGUGGCUAAAUUUGCUUAUGAAAGCAAAGAUGUGUUUUUUUUUUCUUUGAAACUUAAAAAUAAUGAUGAAGUUGCAUUUUAAUUAUCUCCCCCUCAGUAUUUUAAGGUGUGAUGUGUUGACAUCUCAUACAAAGUAUUUUUUUAUUUUCCUGGUAUUGUUCAGUGGCUGUGCUUACUUGUGGUGUUUUUGUGCACUUGACCUGCUGUUAAAGAAAUCUGAUCCAUAUUUAAGUUCUGAGUGAACUAAUGACAGAAAAUUAUUCUUUCCUAGUUGAAUGAUUUGCUUGGCAUAACUUAUAUCCUGUAUAUUUCAGAAAGGAUUUGUGAAUAAAAUCAGAGUAUGUUUGUAUCUCAAGGAGUGAUUUCUGCCCGAGCCUCUAAAUUAUUCAGACUUUUUCAUUUAAUGCCUUGAAAUAUCGAUUAAAUAUAUUCACUCUGGUUUGCUUUAAUCUGAUUGCACAUCUACAAGUUUUCUUCUGAUGUGGUGCAGCCGGUGUCGGGUGUAAACUGGUUUAAUUAGCACUGCUCAGUGAUUUGGGACCCCUGUCAAAGGCUGUUACGUUAUCUGGAAACACAAGGAGUUAAAGCUGGAGCUGUGACCUCAUCUCUAUUCAUGUUACACUGGAGCAGAAGCUGCGCUGAAAGGGGCUGUUUAACCGCAUCGCUGUCUUUGCUGCUGCUUGAUCGCUUUAAUUUGGUUCUGAGAUCUGUAGCGUGCUUUGCUGAACUCUUACGGAGGGGAUUAGUGGGAAUACCAGAGGCAAACCGAGCCGUGCUAAUAUCGAACGUCCGUAGAAAUAGCUCCCGCAGAAAUACUUAGACUCAAAUACACCUUUCUACCCGAUUCCAACUUUUUUAUUGCUCCCCCCGUGACAAUUCAGGCGGCACCGAGGAGGGCUCUCUCUCUCUUACACACACACACACACGGUCCUGGCUUACGCAACCGUGCCGUGUGUUAUUUAAUUGCUUAUCUGUGCGUAGGAGAUGCCGAUUCAACCGCUGCGGCUUUAACGUGGGAGCGGCGCACGCCACAAUAGGUGUCACUGUGCGCGAAUCCAAUCGUUUUCCCUGGCUGCAGCCAUUGGCUCCAUCCGCGCGGCUGCGAUACCUUACUCCGCUCCCAUCCCUUCCACGCACAACUCCAGCUCGCCGAGCACACUGGCAGCGCGACCGUGCGCCUCCUCACACCCCCUCCGGAGAGCCUGCUCCCCUCCCGGGCUGUAGCGCUUUCCCCGCGAUCCUGGCCGGGAAAUCUGGAGAGAAAUAAAGCUGGCGGGAAUGAUGGGGAUGUAUUUAACGAUUCAAGUACUGGAUCAAACUUAAAUGUUUGUUACAGUUCCUUACUCGGUGCACUGGAAAGGUCACCUUGUCUUGCUGGAAAAGAAGCAAACUCUCAGCUCUGCUGCUUUCUGUGUAACAGCUUCCACGUGCAUUCCUUAAUGUUCCUGGCUAGUUAGGCUGUCGGGCUUUUUACAGACCGGUAUACUCAUGGUAGAUGAGAAAGGAAAGAACAUGAAAUGUCUCACCUUCUUCUUGAUGCUUCCAGAGACGGUCAAGAACAGGUCCAAGAAGAGCUCUAAGAAAGGAAAUAGCAGCGGCAGUAGCAGCAGCAAAUUGCCUCCAGUUUGCUAUGAAAUCAUUACCUUGAAGACCAAAAAGAAGAAGAAGAUGGCUGCUGAUAUCUUUCCCCGAAAGAAACCAGCCAACACUAAUACAACUGCUGUCCAGCAGUACCAUCAGCAAAAUCUCAAUAACAACAACACUAUUCCAGCACCCAAUUGGCAAGGACUUUAUCCAACCAUCAGAGAGAGAAAUGCAGUGAUGUUCAACAAUGACUUGAUGGCAGAUGUUCAUUUUGUGGUCGGGCCACCAGGUGGGACCCAGCGGCUGCCAGGACACAAAUACGUCCUGGCUGUUGGGAGCUCUGUAUUCCAUGCGAUGUUUUACGGAGAGCUUGCUGAGGACAAAGAUGAGAUCCGUAUCCCAGAUGUUGAGCCCGCUGCUUUCCUCGCCAUGCUGAAGUACAUUUACUGUGAUGAAAUCGAUCUGGCUGCCGACACCGUCCUGGCCACUCUUUAUGCUGCCAAGAAAUACAUCGUCCCUCAUCUCGCCCGCGCCUGCGUCAACUUCCUAGAGACAAGUCUGAGUGCAAAGAAUGCCUGUGUGCUGCUUUCCCAGAGCUGCUUAUUCGAGGAACCCGACCUGACCCAGCGCUGUUGGGAAGUGAUUGAUGCCCAAGCCGAGCUGGCUUUGAAGUCUGAGGGGUUCUGUGACAUUGAUUUUCAGACACUUGAAAGCAUCCUCCGAAGGGAGACUCUGAAUGCCAAAGAAAUCGUCGUUUUCGAGGCGGCCCUGAACUGGGCCGAGGUGGAGUGCCAGCGGCAGGAGCUGACGGCAACCAUAGAGAACAAGCGCAAAGUCCUGGGGAAGGCCCUGUACUUGAUCCGCAUCCCCACCAUGGCUCUGGACGACUUCGCCAACGGCGCCGCUCAGUCUGGGAUCCUGACCCUCAACGAGACCAACGACAUCUUCCUGUGGUACACGGCGGCCAAGAAGCCGGAGCUGCAGUUCGUCAGCAAGCCCCGGAAAGGCCUCGUCCCUCAGCGCUGCCACCGCUUCCAGUCCUGCGCUUACCGCAGCAACCAGUGGCGCUACCGGGGCCGCUGUGACAGCAUCCAGUUUGCCGUGGAUAAGAGGGUGUUUAUCGCCGGCUUCGGGCUCUACGGCUCCAGCUGUGGGUCGGCAGAGUACAGUGCCAAGAUUGAACUCAAGCGACAAGGAGUUAUCCUGGGCCAGAACUUGAGUAAAUACUUCUCGGACGGCUCUAGUAACACUUUCCCCGUGUGGUUUGAGUACCCGGUGCAGAUUGAGCCCGACACCUUUUACACAGCGAGCGUGAUUCUGGAUGGGAACGAACUCAGCUAUUUUGGACAGGAAGGAAUGACAGAGGUGCAGUGUGGGAAGGUGACUGUUCAGUUUCAGUGCUCUUCGGACAGUACAAACGGCACGGGGGUACAGGGAGGGCAAAUUCCCGAACUCAUCUUUUAUGCUUGAACGAGAGCGUGUGGAGACAGAGCAUUUUGCCAUGAAGAACCUGUUAGGUUCAGGCCUCCUGACACUUAGCUUUUUAUCUGCAGUUAUGUGAUCAGUACAGGGAAUAUGUAAACGCUGUGAGCAAGUUCCUGGCUUGCUGUACUUGUAGCAUCAUUGGUGACAAAGUUUAAAUGUAAUAUUUUAAACUGGAAGCUCUUAGAAACAAGUGAGUUUUAAAGGCUUUUUGUAGGAGGGUGCCUUUUUGCUGGUGAUGCUGACCCUUUCUUUGAUGCACCUGUGAAUCACCAGAGGACAUGCCCCUCUUGUAUCUCACUGAACACGGUCUUCAUUGAUCCCUUUUCUCCUCCUCCAUUUCCUGCUUUCCGCUUGUAAUUCUUUUGGGGAGGUAGGGGUAGAAAAUGAAGAGCUUUGUUUUAUGGCUCUCUCUGCUGUCUGCUCUGCAGACUUUUGAGAUUCUGGUAAGCCAAGCUGCUUCUGACCAUGGGAGCUGAAAGAAGUCCCUCAGUUGUAAGCAGAAAAGGUGCAGGUUUAAACCUCCAUCCUGUGAGAUUCUCCUGCAGCCAACUGUUUGGGAUGGCUACAGGGAAAGAUGGAGAGGAGGAGGCGUCUUUCAGGAAACCACACAACAUGCUGACUGUGUCCACGGUACAUGGACAUGUUUACAGUGAGGAAGGGAUGUGGGCUUGGCAAGUAACCCUCGGAGUUCACUUACUAGGAAUCCCACCUCAAAGCCAAGGAAGUACUUGCACGUGUUCAAGUUGUAUAUGCAGCUCUUGAAACUCUACUCCCCUGACCUAGUUUUUGCUACAUUAAUUUGCUCUUUAAAUGACUUUUCUUUGCUAAGUGAAUGGGAAUUAAUAUCAAUCAUCUGAUGCAGGAUAAGUUUUUGUUUGUUUGGGGUGGGGUUUUUUCUUCUUCCUAAACAUGGUAAAGGCAGAUUAUAGAGGAACAACAGAAUAUAUCAAUCCUGACUUGGACUUUUUUCUGUAAUACGAGAUUUUUUUUUUUCUUUUUAUUACCAGUUGCAAUUUAGACAAAGACAGAAGAUUCCCAACUGUGGUCAUAUUACACUUAGUGUAUAUCAUCAGAUAGCGGUGAGGAGGAAGAAGUCUUCUCUAAUGUGUUAAUGUUGGAUCUCUUGCAACUGCUUAUGGCUACACAUCAGUCUGAGGAUUAUGUGGUACAGAACCCUUUCCUUGUCUGAAUUUCACACCCCCCCCCAAACUUCUUGUUGUAUGUCUCUAUCAUUUCUGGAAAAUAUUAGGGAUACUCCUUGUAUCAGGGAAGGAAGCCAGUAUAAAAAAGAACUACAGGUACUAUUUAAACAUGAGCAAAUCCUUCACCACUGCACUGGGACAGUUGCUCCUCAGAGACACACUACCUGUUGUAAAGCAUCUCAUUCUUCCUUCACCUCUGAAGUGGGUUCUGUUUGUUCUGUACGUUUUAACGAAACGAAAGGGACCAAAUGAUUCUUCAGACAGGCUGAAGAUAAAUGUUACAGUAUAUCACACAUUAAUGUAGCAUAACCCUAAAUUCACUUGUCAGUUCUGUAAUAAAAAUGUUUUUCUCCUAUGAUUUCUUACCAGUUUAAUGCUAUUACUCUGAGUGUUGCUGGACAGUUGGAAUCCUGGCCCCCGGCCAUCCUAAAGUGCCAAUACAUCUUUGCAGUGUCCGAAAUACCAUCUGAAGUAAGGAAAACUGGAGCAUAGACAUCAAACACUUUAUGGCCAAAGCCCAGAUCUUCUCUCUAGGUAAUAAAGGCAGAGCCAGGUAAAAAGCUACCCCUGCAGGAUUUAUGCCUUUCAUCCAUCUUAGCAUUUCAUGUUUUAUAUACACACGUACAUGUGUGUGUAAGCAGAGCUCUCUCUGAAAUGUAAAUACCCUCAAAAUACGGAGAAAAAUGUUUUGUUUUUUGUAACAGAUGUACAUAAUCCAGACUGUUAGUGAAACCUAAACAGAAUGCUCCAUGGAAAACUCCCAGAGAGAGAUUUAAAAAAACCUCCAGUUAUUUAUAUUUAGAUCUGCAGCUGAAAAUAGGCAAGAGUAUAAAUGGUAUGGAGUGGAGGAAGAGUUGCUGAAGAGAUGGCAAAAAGGAAUCGAAGACUGUGGUGAGGUAAUGGUCAUCUACUUUUAGGCAACAUCUGAGCAGCAGUUCCAUUUAUUUAGAUCCAUUUGAAAGCAGUGAAAGAUGCUAAUCAGCUGAUUAAGUUUUCUUACAGCAAGCGGCUGAUGCAGAUCUAAUUACUCGGAGUGAUGAUCAGAUUGACAAGUUCCUCGUGGUAGCAAACAACAUUCUGAGUCGUUUGGGGAAAAAAAACAGGUGCCUCAGCUGGUGGGACAAGUCAGAGAGUACUGCAUUGAUAUAACUUAGACUUGGGUCCUCACUUUUAAUUUAUUUUUUUGAUUUUACUUACCUGUAAACAAAGGUGAGCUGUCUGCUACGUUCACUGGCUGAAACAGAAGUUCAGAAUACGCUGUAGCUGUAAUAUGUAGAAAAAUGAGCUGUUAUUUAAUUAUUCUUAUUUGCUGCUUUUAUGAAAUCCUUUUGACGAAGUAGGAUGAAAGCAACCUCUGGCUUAAUUCCUCUGAGUCCAUUCCAGGUUUUAGGAGCUGGUGCAUGUGAAGGUUUCCAAUAUGAAUGAUCAAACAAAAGCACCCCAAAACACUUUUGAUGUUCCCAGUGUGACUUGUUUCUGAGCACUGCCUGAUGCUAACAAGUACUGGCAUAUAAGAAGGUGGCCAGCACCAGUCACCUUGGGACAUCAGGGCACUUCAGGAGGUGUCUAAAUGUGGAUUUGGUUGGUUUAGCAGUAGCAUCCAAGCUUGAAUACAUUGUCUGACAUCUUGCAAGCAUCAGCCACGUCAGCCUGGAAUGUAAAUGUAAUGUCGAUAGAGAUCACCUCGUAGAUUCUGUCUUAAACUGUACCUGGCCAUCCUUGCUACUUGUAUCUUUGGUUUUCCUGGCAAGAGGAAUCUGUGAUAAGAGAGUAUAAUGUCAUAUACUUUCUGCAUAUCUAAAAUAGUAUUUAAGUAAACACUCUAAUUUCUACAUACGUAUUGCACUGAACUGUUUUUGGGGUUUGUUUCGGUUUUUUUGUUGUGAUAAACUUGGCUCACUUCAGGUCCCAGCACCCAUUUGUGCUGAAGCAGUGUUUGACCUUGGCAGGCUUACAGCAUUAUUUAUAAAGGACAGAUAUAUAUAUAAAUAUAUGAAGUACCUCAUGUUGAAUGUUAUUGUACUGUAUCUUUAAUGUCACAGUGCAGAUCUUGUUGGACUCAUGAAUGUGUAUAAUCACGUUAAACAUACAAAUAAAAAUGAUUCUUAA